AUGUCAGCCAUCGCCAUCGUGGUUCCGCGUGGCCACGUGAUAUCUUCUGUCACCGCCACGGUACACUACAUGAAGCACCCAUUCGAAGGCAAAGACAAAAAACGAGUCAAGAUUUCGCUUACACACCUAUUUCGCCUGCAAGGUGUUGAGUUUGCGUUUGUUGUUGUUCUGAUCGAGUCGCACCGUUUUCGACGGCCGCUUCUCGACGAUCCUGCUCUCGAACCGCCUUUUUCAAAUCUCAACAUUACGAACACUAUCAUUCACACCUUAUCGACUCUACCGCCAGACUACCGCAUAUCAGGCGAUUAUGUAUUUGCUAUUCAUCUGUCACUGCUGCAAAACAAUAUAUGCAAAGACGUUUCCUUUCUAAACCAUAUCACGGACGCCCCACAUCUACAACACAGAUUUUAUGACCAUUGUCCAAUCAUCAAUCGGGAAAUAGCGUAUCACCAUCCAGGGAACAACAGUAUUCGAGGUGUCAUAUUUCCGGGAAACAGUGCGUCUUCAGCUGGUCCUGGUACUCUCACACACAAAAUAAAUGCGUUAGACGCUUUUACCAUACAAGUAACUGUCACCUUCGGAUUUCAACACGGAACCGACGGCGAGAUACUGGACUAUAUACCACAGCUGGAUUCCUUCUUCCCUCCAGAUGAACUAGCCUGUCGAACGGUCGCUGGACAUGGGGACGACCCACCAUUUGAGCUUUGGUACCUCAAGAACCAAAUGCAGCUGAGCAUCCAAGAUCCGAACUCUGUGAAUGACACAAUUGUCCGUCUCACCGGUUCUGUUGAGAGACAGAAUUCAUGGUACGGCCCAGUGGUCGCUCUAACAAUCGAGAAAGAUGCUUUUCCGAAGAAGUACACAAAUGCACCGUACUAUUCAUCGAGUAUCUUCGUAAGAUUUUUCCAGAGUUCUACCGGUCCCUGGUUCAUGGGACAUUAA